GUGCAACAACAUUAAAUAUGAAAAUAUUUAUAUUAACACUAUUUUGUGGUUUAGUGGGAUAUGGCGCCUCGAAACCUUUGGAAUCCACCAAUACCAAUGAUGCCACCGAUGCUUUGAUUGAAAUCGAAAAGCAACGACUGAUAAAAUUCCCCGAAGAAUUGGACGAUUUGCGGCGUGUGGGUGGUCAGAAUGCUAGCAAGACGGAUGAGGCCAAGAGGAUUUUGGAAGAAAUCGAAAAAAUCAAUCAAGCUCUGGGUUAUGUCAAGAAGUCGGAUCAUGCCCGCACACCGGCCAUUUUGGAUUCCUCUCAAUAUCUAUUUCCUAAUACUGGCUAUCAACCGUUUCAUGCCCAAAAUCCCCAAAUAACCGGAAGUCAUGGUGAGACUCUGCUGUUGCCCUCCAUAAGGGCGGUGAAAUUCGAACACAAGGCAAGUGAAUACAAUAAGCCACCAGUAAGGAAAACAACUCCCAAGCCCAAAGUGGAGAUUACCAAAGCCAAUUUAACGAGGGUCGUUGAAAAUGCCACCGCCAAGCCGACAACAAAACCCUUGACCAAACCCAAUAAAUUGUAUUUCCAUCCGCAUCGCGUGGAGGUGCCCACACCACAGACGGCCGAUGAAAAGAAGCUGCUGCCCACCCAUUUCGUUAUUCCCGUACGUCUGUACAAAAACAACAAACAACAAUAUGUGGAGAAACACAAUCCGCAGGAAUACAAAAUCAAGGGUUACAAAAUUGUCGGUGACAUUGAUCAUUUCUAUGGAAAAACGAAGGUGCCCUCCGCACAGGCUCAGAAAGUGAAAUCUUCGCCCAAAUAUCAUUUGUUGUUUUUGCCUCAAGAAAUUAUGGCCAAAAAUACGGCCAAUAGCAUUGAAGCCAUGGAUGCUGCAUCGAAUUCCAAUGAAACGACAUCGAGGGAGGAAAAAUUGGCAAAUCGUCCAUUUAAAUUGCAGACCAAUACCCAGGCCACGAGUAGUGGCAACUUUGUGAACUCCUCCAGUUCGGCGACGAUUAUAAGGAAGCGUAUUAAGCCAAUUAAGGGUGAGGGUCAGACAGUGUUGUCGGUGACAUCGGCAUCGGUCAUUAAGGUUACCCCGGCACCAGGAACAGUACAACAUGGCCAACAACAGCAGCAGCAUCAGCAACAACAACACCAACAACAACCACAACAGCAAUUGCAACAGACACAAAUUGCCCAACCACCAAAACAGCAACAACAACAAUACCAAAAACCCCGUCCCAACAAUCAACCUCUCCCCGUGGGAACCCCCGCCUAUUUGGCCAACCAACAGCCCACAGCUCCCACCGGCAGUGGUGAAAAUAGCCAAGGGGUAUCGAACAAUGGCAACACAAACAAUCAAAAUUCCAUGAAAAAUAGACCUGCCUUCGUCAAUCCCCUCCUGGGACUGCAAUCCAAUAUCCAAAACAACAUCAACAACAUAAAUAAUGCCACCUCGAAUGCGAUUAAGACCGCCUUCCAGAACAUAUUUCGCUUCCCACUCAGACCAGAUGCCAAUAAGCCACAACAAGCGGCCACCGAUUUUCCAUUGCUGCAGAGCACAGCCUUACAGCUGCCAGUGCCCAGUCAACAGGAUCAGCAGCAACAACAAUUUUACUAUACAUUAGUGCCAGCCCCCGCCGUCAAUGGCAGGCCUCCCGUUUUCAUUGCCCAACCCACGUAUCAAAGUGACCAUUUGGACUCCGAUUACAAAUGGGAUGAUGAAAAUGUCAGUACAGAUUCGGAUAACUCCGAAGACAAGGAUUCAGCCACCUCCUCGGAAGAACCAUUGGAGGAGAAAUUCCUAGGACACACACCCAUCAAACAUAUGCAGGAGACCCAGAAGGAGGCUCUCAAGCAGGGUGGCAUUAUCAUACAAAAAUUGAAGGUACGUAAAGGUGGUAUUGCCAUUGCUGGCCCGGGGGGUGUUGCUACUGCCGGCAGCGGAGGCACAGCCAUUGUGGGUCCUGGGGGUUAUGCCCUAACCCAUCCACGUAGCCUAACCAUUGCUGGACCUGGAACAAAAGUUAUUGCCAUACCAGCCAAUGUCGAUUUGAAAGAUGCCUUGAAACGUACAAACAUCAAGACGAAAAUGAUACCGCGUGAGGGACGUAUUGUGGCCACUGGGCCCACGGUCUACUAUGCUCCCGGUACCAUAGAUGGUGUGGAAAUCGAUUAUGCUCAUGGCCUCAAUCUUUUGACACCAGCCCAUUUGGAUACCACAUUCCAAAGAAGUAAAUCUCAAGAAAAAUUGGAAAAAGAACAACCUCCCCAACUAUUUUCCUUGGGUUCACCAUUACCGCAGUUGCUGCAACCCCAACAACUGGCUGCACAAACAUAUUUUACUUUAAAUCAAGCAUUCUAUGAUUCCCCCUUAACCCGCUAUGCCUAUACGACCAGUAAUCAGUUUUUGCCACAGUUGCUGCAAAAUCCAAUAAUCGAAAGUACAACUCCUGCCAUAAAAACUCAGGUCAAAGAAACCGAACCUACCACCAAACAACCCAAGGCCCUACUAAAAUCAAAGCCUCCGAAACUACAAUUGUCUAAAGAAACGUCAAAACCAAAGGCAAAAAAUGAUUUCCUCAACGACAAACCAUUACUGGAAGCUGUUAGAGAUAUCAAUCCUCAAUUUGUUGUGGAGGAUAUAAUGCCGGUGCCAGGAAGGCAUGUAUACUCCUCAGUUACCAUGGAGAUGGGAGGAGGCAACAAAAAGACCCAACUCUUAACCAAAAAACUCAAAACGAAAGCGCCAACAACGAACUACAAGGUGAAGGUUGAGGCCAUUGGACGAACCGCAACGACUGGCAAUAUACCACAAAUACCAUUUGGAACCUAUUUUUUACACAGAAGUAUUCCGAACGAAGAAGCCCUGCCCUAUUAUGGAGGACUAAAGGGUCAAGUUGUACACAUAAAAGAUGGAAGAGUUCAGAGAAUUUCACUGCAUGGCAAAGGAGCAACGGCUGCGACCAGUGUCGUCUCACGUCAAGGACCCACGGCAGCAUUGUCCAGCAGCAUCUCUGUGACGGCACAUGAUGAUCCUGAUAAGUCUUCAUUUGCCGACGAUUUUAAUCGCAUUCAAUUGGCUGCUGCUCGCCUGGUGGCCAUUCAAGAAAUGGCCAAAAAGAAGGGUACCUUCAGUGAAGAGGAUAAUCGAGUGUAUGCCGCCAGUCUUUUGGAAUUGGGUCAGGCUGCCCAAAGUCUGGCAUUGCUACAGCAAACGGGUAAAAUUCAAGAUUUCAGUGUUCUCCUCAAGCCAUAUUCCGCAGGAGUGGCUAUGCCUCAGAAGACCCCCAUUGCCGUUAACAGUGAGAAGAAUGGCGAUGAUGCCGUGACCAUUGAAGCACCCGUCGAGGAGCAAAAAGUGGAGGAGCAAAAAGUUGAGGAGCAAAAAGUUGAUGAGGUAACGGAGCAACAGUUUAGUGAAGCGGAUCUUUUGCCUGUUACACCCGAAGAUCCCUAUGAGGAUGUGCAUGAUAGUGUGGCCAUAGGGCCACCCAAAAAGGAUGCCUCGGUGGCUGAGGCCAAGCCAGUUGGUGUCUCCAUUGUGGGCGAGGGUGGUGUGGCCUCCUCCAAACCCAAUGCCGUGGCCCUAUCGGGUCGCAACGGCUUGGCCGUCUCUGCUCCCAAGGCCACUGCCAUAGCUGGUGUUAGCCCCGAAGAAGCUGCCGCCUUUAGUGUAUCGGUGCCUAGUCGCAAUCAAUUGGUAAUCAAAUCAUCAGCUUCCCGUCUAGCACCGUUGGAUGACUCACCCUCCUAUGAUGACUAUGAUUACAUCGAAACCACACCCAUUAAGGCCAAUACUCGUAAUGUACCCCUGGUACGCUCGUCGGGCUUGUUGCGUACCGGUUCAAAUAAAAUGCGACCCAGGCCAAUGAUGGCCACCGCAAGUGCUGCCGAUAGAAUUGUCCAAAUGUGGCGUACCGCCAUUGCCGAAGAUUAUGCCUCGCCCAGCCGUGAUGAUGAGGAUCGUUUGGAUGACUACGACAUUGAGCAGCUGUAUAAGAUCUCGAAAAAAUUAUCGAAACGUCAUAGGUAUUAAGUCAAACGGACCCACAAUUGCCAUUUACUAUUAUUUAUAAUCCCAUAACAAUAUAUAUUGGAUUUAAGAAUUAAUGAAUAUUUUAUAAUUUAUAAUCAAAUCUCAUGAUAUAUUUAU